UAGCAAUAGUCCCCCAUGUAAACAAAACCACGUGCUCUCUGUUGCCUGAUCAGCUGUUCAUGUGUCACUCCCUCCUGCCUCGCAACGGGACCUAUUUUCACCUUAUUUCAGGUCACCACGCCCUCCUAUGACCCCGCCCCAUUGGGCAGUGAGGCAGCAGCAGCAUGUCCCACCCAGCGCUGACACACCUGGAGGCAGCGGUGCGCAUCAAGCAGCUCUGUGGGCAGGGCGACACGCUGGUGGUGGAUGGUAAGAUUCCACUAAGGAGGUAUUUCCGAUCAGGGCAGGAGAUGGUCAGGAUGGCACACGUCUAUGAAGAGGAAGGCAGUCUAGAAAAUGCCUUUAUUCUCUAUAUGAAGUUUAUGACGUUAUUCAUUGAGAAGAUACGGACACACCCUGACUACUCCACCCACUCCUCGGCAGACAAGGCAGCCAGCAACAAGCGAGUCAAGGAGAUUCUACCUGUGGCUGAGAAGUUGAAGAGUCAGCUGAGGGAGAAGUACCAGAAGGAAUACAAUGUUGCCUUACAAGAACAGCUCAAGACGGAGAAGGAAGCGAGAGAGAGGCAACAGCAGGAGGAGGAGCAGCACCAGAGGCAGCUCCAGCAGGCAACACAGAGGCAAAGGCAGGAGGAGGAAGAAAGAGCAGAGGAGAGGAAGAUGCAAGAGCUUCAGGAACUCUCGCUACACAGGCACUACGAGGAGGACCAAUUGCCGCCUUCCUUUGACACCCUCGGCACCAUUGCUUACCCCCUUGACCAGUUGACCUUAGAUGACCUCUCGCCGCCUACUGUCUCCCCCUCCGCCCCGCAUAUGCCGCCACGUGACAUCAAGCCAGUGUCUGUUGGAGUGCCGCAGGUUGACCGCAGCAGCAAGCCCACAUCACUGCUGGGCGCCAAGAGUGGGGGGCUGCGAGAGGUGCGGGUGCCCACUCAGUUGAUGGCCAACUUCAUGUCCCUGGCCCACAGCAACACCACUCGCAACAUUGAGACCUGUGGGGUGUUGGCAGGACAUUUGACCCAACACAAGCUGCUGGUGACACAUCUGCUGGUGCCCAAGCAGUGUGGGACGUCUGACUCUUGCACCACACAGCAGGAGGAGGAGCUGUUCGAUCACCAAGACAAGCUGGACCUCAUCACCAUCGGCUGGAUUCAUACUCACCCUAGCCAGACAGCAUUCCUCUCCAGCGUGGACCUACACACUCACUGCUCGUACCAGCUGAUGAUGCCUGAAGCCAUAGCCAUCGUGUGCGCUCCAAAGUACCAAGAGACUGGCUUCUUCACACUCAGCCCUCACCACGGACUGCCUUUCAUCGCUGCCUGUCACCAGAGCGGCUUUCACCCACACCCUAAGGAACCGCCACUGUUUCAGAACGCUGAUCACGUGACCCUAGACAACACACUCUCCAUUAAGGUGGUCGAUCUCAGGAACUCUUAAUCCACUAACUGGCAACCCCCACCCUGCCCAGCCCUGGAGGGAAAGCUGGCUGGAGAGAGAGAGAGAGAGAGAGAGAGAGAGAGAGAGAGAGAUGCUGUCUUUCUAAAGUGAGGUGGUUGUAGUGGUGGUGGUGGAUUGUGAUGCUACUA